CUCCACCGUGUGUAAUUGAGCAGCCAUGGAUGCCAGUCAACAAUCUCCGAUGCGUUCCUUUAAAUCGAAAAAGCUUCUGAGUUCGCCGGCGCCGUCGGAUCGGAAGGUCUCUGACCCGCUCAGCGUGCAGACCCCCGGGAAGCCGGCGUCCCAGCCGCGGAGGCAGCGCAACCACACCGUCGCUCUGUCGAUUUCGGAUAUCAGGAAAGCAGCGAUGAAGCUCCGGGAAAGGAGAUCCGAUCCGCCUCCGAGAACCGACGAGAUUUCAAUUUCAGAGGAAAUGGAGAUUGCAAAGGUGAAGAAGCCGGCUUCAGCUGAGAUAGAGCUUCCCCCAAAAUACGAGUUGUUGGAAAAAUUCUUCAACAGCUUGGAUUCUUCAAUCAGGUUGCUCAAGUUGAAGGGAUCUGCAACAACAUUCAGCAAUAUAAGCCCCCAAAUAGGAACUUUGACCGACCGGAGAUUUACAUACAGUCAUUUAGCUCAACUGAAGUUCAUCUUGCCUGAGGCCAUUGUGUUGGAAAAAACCCUUCAACACGAUGAGCGUACAUGCUGUAUGAAACCUGAUCUCCGCAUCACAUUGGAUGUUGAAGCAAUCAAGACCAAAGGAAAAUCGAAAUCUGGAAAUUUACAGCUGCGAAAAGUAUUCCACAGCCGGCUUCUGGAUUUCAUCAAAUCACAUCCAGAGGGCGAUGAAGUUCCAGAGGAAGUGCUACCGGAGCCAUUUAAUCGACCGAAGGAGGGUCUAAGUACAAAUUCAGCUCAAACUUCUGGCACAUCUUUGACUGGUCAGAGUCAGGGUGUGGCAUUCUCAGGAUCAUCAGUUAAAGCCUCACUUCUGCCUCCAUCAUUUAAAAGGAGUUUUUCAAUGCGGAAUUCUGGUCAUCAAGUGGAAAAGUUACGGAAAGAACUGUCUUCAUUUACUGUUGCUGCUCUUCCGUCUGUUAAUUCUGAAGAUAAAUCUGCUGGAUGUAGCUCUCACCAAGAUAUUAGUGAAGAUGAAUCUGCUGGAGGUAGCUCCCACAAAGAUAUCAGUGCAAUUGGCAGAGUUUCAGUUGUGGAAACAUGCUUUUCAUAUGAAGAUUCUUCAAAUAAAACAUUGUCUACUUUACCUGAAACCCCGGUGAAAUGCAUCAAUUCUGUAAAGGAGGAUGAGAUGGCUUCAGUACUUAAAACGCCAGUGGGCAUGACAUCGACUCCAAAGAGUGCUACGCCUGCGCCUCAGCCGACUAAAAGAUGCUACAUGAGUCCGGAGAAUGAUUCAUACAGACCACCAAGCAAACUUGUUAGACGGCAGCCCCCAAAGAGACCUCUGAUGUUUGAUACUCCGGAGAAGAGUGUGAAGAAUGAUGGUAAUGAGGAUGUCCGGAGAGGGAGCUCAGCAGCUCGUGGUGACAUCUUCGACAUUCUCCCAGAGUCUGUUAUACAAUCUAUUCAAGAAAAGGAGAGAUUGACAGCAAUGGAGCAGGAGCCAGCAAUCUCUCAAGCAAUGAGGCGCCGGAAAAUGAUCGCUGGCCUUCCGAAGCUCUUUGACAAGAUUUAUUUCUUCUUCCAAUCAAUCAGACGCUCAGUAGUCACAAAAGAGGAGCUGAUUCAGACACUCAUAAGCCAGCUAGAUAUUGUGGAAAAAAAGGAGGUGGAAGAGCAGCUCAGAUUGCUGCAAGAACUAGCUCCGGAGUGGAUUUACGAGAAGCUUGCAGUGAGUGGUGAUCUCCUCUUCUGUGUCAAGAAGAUUUCGAGCCCAGAAGCCAUGCGUACGAGGCUGUCCGAGGCGAUAUGAACGGAUUAAGAAACUAUGUAAAGGGCAUUGUGAUAACUAACAGUGAUUGUUCUUCAAUCAUCCAUUAGUUCAUUCUUUUGCCACUGAAGAACUGACAGAAUUUGCUCACCUCUGAGCUUGAGCCAGAAUUAAACUGCUGUAAUUUAGUGUUGGGAUAUGAAUUACAACAACAUAGAAAGUGAAUUUUUCCCAUUUUGAUUUUAUGUGUAGCAGUUUCCAAACUGCAGCUGUAACUCUAACAUUUGAUCAUUUGGAGAAUAAUGCAAAAUAUUUUCAUUUUCAUGAUUAA